AAACAUAUUAAGAUUUUAAAUGAGCAGCUUCUGUGAUUUAAUUGAAUUUUAAAUGUACAGUGAGAUGUGCUAAUGUAAAAAAAGAAUCAGCACCAUUAGCUCUUAUGGUAUUUGAGAUUUUAUACUAUGACAGUCAAUAGCAUCAUAGCCUGUAUAACUCCAGGAAAAGGUGAUUUUUACAACUGACCAAACAAUUGCCUGUUUCAUCUGUUUUAAUCAAUAUCCUUUUAUUUUAGUCAUACCAGCUUGGGGAAAAAAAAGAUUGAAGUAAUUAAAUUCUUUACUAAGGUGGGAAAACUUCAUUAUAGUCAUAAUACAUGUGUGAUAAGUUUCAAAUAAGUGAAAUAACCUGUUUUUCUUUUCCUCAUAAUCUUAAAUCACACUCAUUUUUGUUUGUUUUCUUGCUAAUAAAAACAGGACUUAGGUCCAGCAUUGGGGGGUCAUGGCCGGUCCUGCGCGGGGCGGUGGGGCCAAGGCCCUAGACCUGCUUCGAGCCCUGCCCCGUGUGAGCUUGGCCAAUUUAAGGCCGAAUCCAGAACCGGAAAGACGCCCAAGAGGUUGGAGAAGAGGUAGAAAAUGCGGCAGGGGCCACAAAGGAGAAAGGCAGAGAGGAACCAGGCCCCGACUGGGCUUUGAGGGAGGCCAGACUCCAUUUUACCUCCGAAUCCCAAAAUAUGGGUUUAAUGAAGGACAUAGCUUCAGGCGCCAGUAUCAACCUUUGAGUCUUAAUAGACUGCAGUAUCUUAUUGAUAUGGGUCGAGUUGAUCCUGCUCAACCUAUUGACUUAACCCAACUUGUCAAUGGGAGAGGUGUGACCAUCCAGCCAUUUAAAAGGGCUUAUGGUGUCCAGUUGGUCGAGGAGGGUGCUGACACCUUUACAGCGAAAGUUAAUAUUGAAGUGCAGUUGGCUUCAGAAUUAGCCAUUGCUGCAAUUGAGAAAAAUGGUGGUGUUGUCACUACUGCCUUCUAUGAUCCACGAAGUCUGGAAAUUCUGUGCAAACCUGUUCCAUUCUUCCUACGUGGACAACCCAUUCCAAAACGAAUGCUUCCCCCAGAAGUACUGGUACCAUAUUAUACUGAUGCAAAGAAUCGUGGUUACCUAGCAGAUCCUGCCAAAUUUCCUGAAGCAAGACUUGAACUUACUAAGAAGUAUGGUUAUAUUUUGCCUGAUAUCACUAAAAAUGAACUCUUCAAAAUGCUUAGCACUCGAAAAGAUCCAAGGCAGAUUUUCUUUGGUCUUGCUCCUGGAUGGGUGGUUAGUAUGGCAGAUAAGAAAAUUCUAAAACCUACAGAUGAGAAGCUCCUCAAAUACUAUAGUUCAUGAAUUUCCUUCUGAGAGGGGGGAGUUAUAAGAGUACUGGAAAAGGUACUGAACUAUGUGACAUUUUCUUAAUCUGUAAUUCCUCAGAUGUUGAUGUUAAUUUUCUGUGUAAUAUCUUUUUUCAUUUUUAUCUAAAAUAAAAAUGUGGUAAGCAAGGAAAAAAAAAACAGGACUUAAAGAUACAGUAAUGAAAAUGUGGGUAACUCAUUUAGUAUUUUAAAAUAUGCCAAUAGACAAAAGAGCCCAAUUUGGAGUAACAAGUCAUAACAGAUUGGGUAUGACCCAUAUAGCAAUUCAUAGCAAUUGUUUGUUUGUUUUCAUUAGCCUAUUUUCUUGCAACUUUUUCUACCACUUAAAAAAAUUUAAACUGAAUGUAUAC